CGGAGGUGGAAACGUGAACUCCGUGGAGAUAGUUCCUGGUAUACUAGUCUUGCGUGCAUCUUCCUUGUCCCAGCGCGAGGUGGUUGUGGUUUCGGCGAUGAGCUCCCAGAAAGGGAACGUGGCUCGUUCCAGGCCUCAGAGGCACCAGAAUACGUUUAGCUUCAAAAAUGACAAGUUUGAUAAGAGUGUUCAGACCAAGAAAAUUAAUACAAAACUUCAUGAUGGAGUAUGUCAGCAUUGUAAAGAAGUUCUUGAGUGGCGUGUAAAAUACAGCAAGUACAAACCCUUAUCAAAGCCUAAAAAAUGUGUUAAAUGUUUACAAAAGACAGUGAAGGAUUCAUAUCACAUAAUGUGUAGACCAUGUGCCUGUGAUCUUGAAGUCUGUGCCAAAUGUGGAAAGAGAGAAGAUGUUGUUAUUCCGUUUAAUAAAGAACCGGAAAAGACAGAAAAUGUUGAAAAUAAUCUACGUUCCAGCCACAGAAGAAGCAGAAGAAAUGAAGAAAGUGAUGAUGAUUUAGAUUUUGAUAUUGAUUUAGAAGACACAGAAGAAGACAAUCAAAUGGAUUGAUAUAACUAUAUUAAAAGACAGUUUGAAAGCAUGAAAUUCUGAACAACUUUGAUUUUGAGGGUUUAAAAAAAAAAUACUGUGGACUCCUAGUAAGGACAUUGGAAAAACCUAUAGAAAAUACAUGGACAAUGUGAAUUGUGUAUGAUAUUUGAAUAGUGAUAAAGCUUUCAUCCAGAGUUUUCUUAUAAUACAUUUUUAAGUAGCAUAUGCUAGUAUAUCUGCCAAAAUGAGCAUUGGAGUAUCGUAUUGCAGUUCAUGGGAAUUAUUUAGAAGAAUAUACUAUCUAGUAUCAAAUUAAGCAAGAUUCAGAAUUGAUGGUUGUAUAGAAACUAUCUCAUGGAAAAAUCAGAUGACGUUAUUAUGUUGCUAGCCUCAAAAAUUGGUCCUCAGGAGGUACCUUUUGAAAGAUUGAUAUCAGGUUAAUGUCCCACAUAACAAAAGCCCUCUUGCUUUCGCUUGCUUGUUGUAAAGCAAAAUGUUUAUUGUUUUUUAAUAAUAAUGUUUAACAAGUAUAUAGCAGUUUUUCUUUGAAAGUGUUUUUAUGUAUCUUAUCAUAUUAUUUUUACCUUUUUUCACUUACGAAAUUUACAUACAGAAAAAAAUGCAUAAAAUCUAUAUGUAUAGUUUAACACACAAUUAUAAAGAAAAAUCAUACAUUUAUCACCCACGUGAAUAAAAUACUCCUAAACAAUAUAAGUUAGCUUUGUCUGAUUUUUGAACUUUUUUUCUAUCUUUCUGUUUUGAAAAAUCUCAGACCUAAAGAAAAGUAGCAGUGUAAUACAAUGAACCUUUGUAUGCUCUUCACUUAGAUUCACAAUUGUUAACGUUUUGCCACAUUUCCUUUAUAUUUGAAUAGAUAUAUGGAUAUAUUUUUUACUUGCUGAACCAUUUGAAAAUAAUUGACAGGCAUUGGUUUUGAACUUUAUAUGAACAGACUUAUACUAUGCAUGUUAAUUUGUAUCUCUUCUUAUUUCAUUAUUAUGAAACUUGUGAAAUUGAUCCGUGUUGUUGCAAGAGCUCUAAUUUGUUAAUUUUACAUUUUUUAUUCUACAUUUUAUUCUGUUUUAUUCUAUUGUAUUUACAUACCACAAUUUAUUUUUCCUCUCUAAUACUGAGGGACAUUUGAGUUAUUUCAGAAUUUUCCUAUAACAAACAAUAUUAGGUGUUUCUUGGUAUAAAUGUCUUAUUUCUCGGUACAUUUUCUGUUAGGUAUGUAAUAGAAGAAGAUUGAAAUGUU